CAAACAACAGAGGUCUGUCACUCUGAAAGCAGCUGAUUGAAACUGGGUUCAAAAGGGUUACGAGCAGAAUUGAGAUCAAGUUAUUUUGCUGUGUAAUAAGAAAAAUACGCAAAAUAUAAAGGUUCUCCGCAGCAGUUGAGUUGUUAGCAACAUGCUUCAGUAAGCAUCACCAGCUCCUUUGAGAACCGACCAUUUUAAGGGACGGAAUAGGUUACCCGGCUUACCAUCAUCUCAACUGGAAUUUAUAGCGGACAGCGACAAACCGAAUUUUUCAGGUAUCAACAAAUCAGAAGAAUGAACUGUAAACCUAGCAAUAAAACCAUCCUUAUCCUGGGGUUCUUAUCUGCUUGUUUGAUUGACGUGGUCAUGGCUACCGGAACGUUCUACUAUUUUGCGUACGGCAGUAAUUUAUUAGCUAAACGAAUUCACAUACAAAAUCCAACUGCAGUUCGUAAAGGAUUUGGUUAUUUGAAGGAUUACAGUUUGGAUUUUUUCCAUUAUGCAGCGCGAUGGCGAGGAGCUCCGGCAACAAUAGUGGAGCAGGAAGGGAAAAAAGUUUGGGGUGCCAUAUGGGAGAUAGACAACAGCAAUUUAGCCGAUUUAGAUCGACAGGAAGGGGUGCACAAUAGCGUUUACAAACCUUUAACACUUCCCGUAGUGUUACCAACUGGAGAUACUCUAGACUGCCGCGUCUAUCAGCUGGUUCGCAACCCCUGCUGCUUGGCACCAGAUGCCGAAGAUAGACCCUACGAAAGGCAACCUUCCAAAACAUACAUGAAUAUCAUCGUCAACGGUGCCAAGGAGACGGGACUUCCGGACGAUUAUGUUUCGUUGUUGAAAAGAAUUAAACAUAACGGGAACACUGGUGACCCGCAGCUUUCUUUGGAGUUGGAAAAGCCUAUUGAAGAUCUAUAAAAAAAUGAAAAUAUUGCAUAUUAGGAACCAAACGAAAUUCAUCCACAGAAUUCAACUAAAGUUAUGGCUUUUGAUUGUUGGUCGUUCAUUAGUUUUUGCUUCUAAGCGAUUUAAAAUUUGUGAUUGCUGUUUAUUAGGUACAACCGUUGGCGCUAUAAGCAUUAGUUCGCAUCACUUUGGUCAACAGGAAAGGCGCGAUUGGUGCAGGACAUAUAUUGUGUAUGUAAAAAGUUUUUAAACUAUAUCCCGGGACACUUAACGCUUACGAUUCAAAAUCUAAAAAAGUGAAGUCGAAAAGGUCGUGAUUUCAGCGUAGACUUUUUUUUAUAUUUUGGAAUUGUAAAACUGCGAACUACCUGAUCUUUAUUCAAGGGAAUAACAAAAUGUAAAAAAAAACGGUUUUAAAUGUGCAGCAUUUUCAUAUGGCUUGUAGCUUAAAGCACACUAAAAAUAUGUAUAUUUUUAUUUGAUUGAAUAAAACAGCGCAUACUUACAUA